AUGUCAAAUCCAAUGAUGGCUGUGAACCCUUUAUUGACAGCAUCAGGACAGCAGAGGAUCCCACUGGUUCCCUCACCAUUUGGACCUCCUACUGUGGACAGAGAUGUAUUGCCUUCCGCUGUAACUCCAACUGACCCAAGGCAGUUUUAUGUUCCCUCCCAGUUUGGAUCCUCUGUUCUACCAAAUGCAAAUAUGCCGAAUACAUUGCCCAAUCAUGUCUACUCAGGUUGGGACAUUUUACCACCUGAAUCCGUAAAGGCAGUGAUCAGAAGAAAUGAAAUGAUUCGAAGGCAUCAUACUGCCAGGACAGAAAUGGAAAUGUAUGCUAUUUACCAGCAAAGGAGAAUGGAAAAAGUUCAUCCCAAGGAACUAGCAGGCCUAGGAAUCCCAUUCCUCUACGGUUCCAGCAUCCCAGCUGGCCCAGCUGCCUACCAGGGCAGGAACAUGCUCCCUGCCAGUGACCUGCAUUUCCACAGAAGCACCCUCAGAAAUCUUCAGGGAAACCCCAUGCUAGGGGCAACCGGACCACAGUUUACAGAGAGCUGGGGGCAGAAAUGUCGUCGACUCAGGAGAGGUACAGGGAAUCAGAAAGUUCUGGACAGUGAUACUGAGAGUUCCAAAAGUCAAGCAGAAGAAACAAUCUCAGGCCAGACUCAUGCAAUUGCCUAUGAAGAGGAUGACUACACAAAAGACCCAGAAACUGAAGUGCACAACAAUCAGAAGUCAAAUGAAACUGAUGAAAAGCCAACUAUUGCUUUCGCCAGCACCUCUGGAGAGCUCAUGUCCACCCACAGAAAGCCAUGGGGAUUUCCCAUUGCUGCCCUGGAAGCAAAAGCCUGGGAUGAAGGGAAAGAGAAGGCAUCAGAGCAGGUUUUUGCAGCCUGUGGUGAAAAGAAUGAGGUUUGCCCUCCAGUUCCUCAACCAUCUCUGCCAGGAACAAGUGCACUGGUUACAAUUGGAGGAAAUCUUUCUUUGGAUGAAGAUAUUCAGAAAUGGACUGUGGAUGACGUGCACAACUUCAUUAGUGGCCUUCCAGGUUGUUCAGACUAUGCUCAGGUAUUUAAAGAUCAUGCAAUUGAUGGAGAAACUCUGCCAUUACUCACAGAAGAGCAUCUUCGAGGCACUAUGGGAUUAAAACUAGGGCCAGCACUGAAAAUUCAAUCGCAGGUAUCUCAGCAGGUGGGAAGCAUGUUCUACAAGAAAAGUCUUUCACUUCCUACUCACACAAGACAAGCAUUGGAUCAGCCAGCAGAUACAUCCGCUCUUUCGGAAUUUAAUUCCUGGAGUGAUACAUUGAACGCUCCUUGUUCCCAGGAUAUAAUAAUUCCUAAGGGAAUUGAGGAAGAUAAUAUGAGAAAUUAA